CAUUUCUUUCUUAUAAUACCCCGCCCCCAAAAUCCCUAAUUCCUUCGUAACCUUUCUGCGAAAGAAAAUCUCUGUCUGAGAGAGAGAGAGAGAAGAGAGAGAGAGUGUGUGUGAGAUUGUGGGAAUUGGGGAAAAUGGGAGGUGGAGGAACAUCGAAGAACGCAGCGAGACCCAGACCCAAGAAGAGAGUGGAAGCCGACGACUCGUCUUCUCCUUCUUCUCUCAAGCGAGCCCAUGACGGCAGUGCUUUCACUCGUUGUGAAAAGUGCAGCAGGCAGGUGCCUGUUGUCCUGAUUGGCUGGCACGAUUGCCACAUUGAAGCUCAAAUUGAGAGGUCUCUUGAUGCACAAAUGUUGGAAAAUGAAAAGCAAUGUGAUGCAAUACCAGCAGAAAAAAAUAAAGUAAAAUCUACUGAACCAAAUCCAAAGAAAGUGAAGAAGGAAAAGAAAGCUAAAGAUCCAAACCAGCCCAAACGUCCCCAAACUGCUUUUUUCCUCUUCAUGAGUGAAUUCAGGAAAACUUACAAAGAAGCCAAUCCAGACUGUAAAAGUGUUGCUACGGUUGCAAAGGAAGGUGGUGAGAAAUGGAAAUCUAUGACAGAUGAAGAGAAAAAGAUUUAUCUGGAUAGAGCUGCAGAGCUUAAAGCAGAGUAUGGCAAGGCUUUGAAUUCAGAUAAGGAUGUUCAAAAUGCAGAUGACAAAGAAGAUGGUUCAUUGGAUAAGGAAGCACAAGUGGAGACAGUGUCUGAUGAUGAAUAGGAAUAUCUUCUCCUGUUUAGGUUUCUUUCAUUUUAUUUUUUUUUCUUUACAUGUUUUGUGGUGAAUGAUUGUCCCUGGACCUUUGCCCUUGUUGAUGUUGAAUAUAGUUUAGCCUUCCAAGUCUCCUAUGAAUGCUAUAAUGCUCUUCAAACCAAAUUGUCCAUUCAGUUUUCCAUUUUUUGUGCUCUGGAUUCUUAAUACCGGUAGGUUAUUAAGGUUAGUUUGUAAGUGUACUUGGAAUUUCUGCUUUGUGAUCUAUAGCAUUUGAAAGCACAUUUAAGAUUGAA